AUGCCACCAAAAGCAGCAACCAAUCUGGGCUACAUUCCACCAGAUGGAGGAUGGGGCUGGGCUGUCGUCUUUGCUUCCUUCAUCUCCAUUGGAUUUGCCUAUGCUUUUCCCAAGUCGCUCACCAUAUACUACAAGGAGAUCCAGGAAUAUUUUUCCGUUUCCUACAGCCAGAUUGCUUGGGUUUCCUCAGUCAUGCUUGCAUCAAUGUAUGCUGCAGGGCCCGUGAGCAGCAUUCUUGUGAAUCGCUAUGGCAGCAGACCCGUGGUGAUGGUUGGUGGUCUCAUGGUUGGCUGUGGUAUGGUGCUGGCUUCUUUUGGGACAAGUAUUUUCCAUCUGUAUAUCUGCAUUGGAGUAAUUGGAGGUUUCGGCCUUGCCUUCAAUCUGCAGCCGGCUCUGACCAUCAUUGGAACGUACUUCCACGCAAAGAGACCGAUGGCGAACGGGCUGGCGAUGACAGGAAGUCCAGUAGUUCUCUUCAGUCUGGCUCCCCUCAAUCAGUUUCUCUUUGAUUCUUUUGGAUGGAGAGGAAGCUUCCUCAUCCUGGGAGCUAUUGUUUUGAACUGCUGUGUUGCCGGUUCUCUGAUGAGACCUGUCAACAAAAACGUCCAACCUGAACCAAAACCGGACGCGGAAGACAGUAAUGAAGCGGAGGAGAUGGUCGUAGAUAAUAACCAUGUUGUGGAAAGCCAAAAUGAGAGCAAGAAAAAUGGAUGCGUUCACAGGUUUAUAGACGUGUCGCUGUUCAAACACAGGGGAUUCCUUAUUUAUCUCAUCGGUAAUGUGGUCAUGUUAUUUGGCUUUUUCGCACCUGUGGUUUUCUUAGCGCCAUAUGCCAAACAUCAAGGAAUCGAUGAAUAUUCAGCAGCAUUCUUGCUCUCUAUUUUUGCUUUAGUAGAUAUGUUUAUUAGACCAGCAACCGGCUUCAUCGGCAACACAAAAUGGAUCCGACCAAGAAUCCAAUAUCUAUUCAGUUUCGCUGUCUCCUGCAAUGGAGUCUGUCACCUGAUGUGCCCACUGGUGUCCGGAUAUGUGGGUUUUGUUGUUUAUGCUGUCUUUUUCGGCUUUACAUUCGGAAUGGUUUGUUCUCUGCUCUUUGAGGUGUUGAUGGACCUGGUGGGAGCUCAUCGUUUCUCCAGUGCGGUUGGACUUGUCACUAUCAUCGAGUGCGGCCCCGUGCUGCUCGGCCCUCCACUUUCAGGAGCUCUUGUUGAUAUUUUUGGAGACUACAAGUAUAUGUACUACGCAUGUGGUGUAAUUAUGCUGGUGCCGGGACUGUUUUUCUUCAUCAUGCAUUAUUAUAACUACAAGAGACUGGACGAGGAGAAGCGAUAUCGGUCGACUGUGGAAGCUUACAACUUAAAUUGAAGCAGGAAUUUAAUGGAUCUGAGUGAGCACUGAUUAGCAAUGAAGAGAUUUAUUUUCUACCUCAGAUUUGAACUAUAGACUCUUUUUCAACUUGUAUGCA